AUGAUGGAACCGCCACCUUGCUCUAAAAAGAGCCUGUCUCUUUCGCUGCCGGUUCCCCGGGAGGGACAGGCGACCCUCAAGCCCCCCCAGCAUCUGUGGAGACAGCCACGGACCCCCAUCAAAAUCAAACACCGCGGUUACUCUGACACCGACCGGCAUCACCACCGACAGAUAGAGCGCUCGAAUGCCAUGGACACGAGUGACCGGCCGGGGCUCAAGAAGUCCCGCAUGUCCUGGCCAUCGUCGUUCCACGGAACCACGAGCGCGUCCAUGAGCAACUGCGCUGGGAGCAAGCGCUAUGAUGGGGAGAAUGGGCCCUCUCCUGGCCGCAGCCCUAUGGAUUCGCAGGCGAGUCCUGGGCUGGUGCUCCAUCCCUCCUUCCCUCAGAGUCAGAGAAGGGAAUCUUUCCUCUACCGCUCCGACUCUGACUACGACAUGUCCCCCAAGACCAUGUCACGAAACUCCUCCAUCAACAGCGAGGGUCAUGCUGAAGAUCUCAUAGUCACCCCUUUUGCUCAGGUGUUGGCUAGUCUACGAACUGUCAGAAGCAACUUCACAAUUCUUGUCAAUGUCACGACUCCCACCAACAAGAGGUCACCAGUGACCAGCCAACCCACGGUUCCCCCAGCAACACUCUCAGAUGAGACAUACCAGCAGCUGGCCCGGGAGACUCUGGAGGAACUUGACUGGUGUUUGGACCAGCUGGAGACCAUUCAGACCCACCGCUCUGUUAGCGAAAUGGCCUCCAACAAGUUCAAGAGGAUGUUAAACAGGGAACUGUCUCAUCUUUCAGAGAUGAGCCGCUCGGGGAAUCAGGUGUCUGAAUACAUCUCCACUACCUUCCUAGACAAACAGAAUGAGGUGGAGAUUCCCUCUCCUACGCUCCGGGAGCAAGAAAAACCAAUGUCUCACAUCAGUGGUGUCAAGAAGCUUACACACAGCUCCAGCCUCACUAGUGCAGCCCUGCCCCGCUUCGGGGUCAAAACCGAGCAGGAGGACGCACUGGCCAGGGAGCUGGAUGACUUAAACAAGUGGGGCCUUAAUAUCUUCCAUGUGGCUGAGUACUCCAAUAACAGACCUCUAAGUUGCAUCAUGUUUGCUAUCUUCCAGGAAAGGGAUCUAUUAAAACAAUUUCGGAUCCCAGUGGACACAUUUGUCACCUAUGUGAUGACACUGGAAGACCACUAUCAUGCCAACGUGGCCUAUCACAACAGCCUGCAUGCCGCUGAUGUCACACAGUCAACACAUGUGCUGCUCUCCACACCGGCACUGGACGCCGUUUUCACUGAUCUUGAAAUCCUGGCUGCAUUGUUCGCCGCUGCCAUUCAUGAUGUAGACCACCCUGGAGUUUCCAACCAGUUCCUCAUCAACACAAACUCAGAACUGGCAUUAAUGUACAACGAUGAAUCUGUACUGGAGAACCACCACCUGGCUGUGGGUUUCAAGCUUCUGCAUGAGGAGAACUGUGACAUCUUUCAGAACCUCACCAAACGGCAACGGCAGAGUCUGCGCAAGCUGGUCAUCGACAUGGUUCUGGCAACAGACAUGUCAAAGCAUAUGAGCUUGCUGGCAGAUCUGAAGACAAUGGUCGAGACCAAGAAAGUUACGAGUUCAGGUGUGCUGAUGCUGGACCACUAUAAUGACCGAAUACAGGUCCUGAGGAACAUGGUGCACUGUGCUGACCUUAGUAACCCAACCAAGCCCCUGGCAGUGUACAGGCAGUGGACUGAGCGUAUUAUGCAGGAGUUCUUCCGGCAGGGCGAUAAAGAGCGAGAGCGUGGGAUGGAAAUCAGCCCCAUGUGUGACAAACACACUGCGUCCGUGGAAAAGAGUCAGGUGGGAUUUAUUGAUUAUAUUGUGCAUCCCCUGUGGGAGACCUGGGGGGACCUGGUCCACCCUGAUGCUCAGGAAAUUUUGGACACCCUUGAGGACAACCGGGACUGGUACCAAAGCACCAUUCCCCUGAGCCCGUCGCCACCGCCGGACGGCCCACAUAAUGAGCUUGAAUCCUGCAGGAACAAAUUCCAGUUUGAGCUCACCCUGGAGGGAGAGCCAGGACAGGACGGUACACCCAGUCAUAACCACAUAGACAGCCAUGGUCAAGAGGCAAAGAGAGAAGACGAGGAGGCGGAUGAAGCUGAGGAGGACGAGAUCGAAGAAAAAAUGGAGGACGGCGAGGAGGUGACAGAGGUAGUGGUCGAGAGCUCGGGACGGAGGCGACUGCAGGUUCAGUCAGUAGUCGAGGAGGAAGACGAGAGACAGUCUGAUGAGAUCCCCAUGGAGGAGACGGAGGAGGAGGAGAAGUCAACCUCUCCCACCGAUGACACGUAA